AGCGCUGCGGCUCGCUCUGCGCCGCCUCGGGCUCUGCAGCGAGGGCCUGGCGCGGGCCAGGGCGUGACUUUUCCUCCUCCUUCCCGGAGAGGAAGGCUAGGCCGCGCCGCCCGUGACCGCGGUGGCGAGCCGGCCGAGCCCGCGCCGAUCCGACCCGACCCUGAGCUUCUGGAGACCUCGAGACCGAGAUGACACAGUCUUUGGUUUGUCCGCACACUGUGAGCCGGGUGAGCUCGGUGCUGAAUCGCAACACUCGGCAGUUUGGCAAGAAGCACCUUUUUGACCAGGAGGAGGAGACAUGCUGGAACUCAGACCAGGGACCUUCCCAGUGGGUGUGGCUGGAGUUUCCGCAGCGCAUCCUCGUCUCUCAGCUGCAGAUCCAGUUCCAGGGAGGCUUCUCCUGUCGCCGGGGCCUCCUGGAAGGGUCACAGCGGGGUGCCUCCCUCCACAAGAUUCUGAACUUCUAUCCUGAGGACAACAACUCACUCCAGACCUUCCCCGUGCCCACGGCUGAGGUGGACCAGCUGAAGGUGACCUUUGAGGACACCAGUGACCUUUUUGGCCGUGUGGUCAUCUAUCACCUGCGGGUGCUGGGGGAGAAGAAGGCAUCUUAAUGCGGGCA